UUCUCUCAAUCUCAACCAUUAUAUAAAAUCUCUCUCCCCAAUCCACUCUCUCUUGGUUUUCUCUCUCCUUCCUCAACCCUCUCUCUUCAGUCUGUGUGCAAAGCGGCUCGUACUCCUUCAGGGACAGUGAGUAACCUAACCAAAAACUUAACGUGGUCAAAACACACUAGUCUCAGUGAUACACAAAAAUGCUCGACACUUUCAAGUACCUGAUCGGCUCACCCGGUGCCAGCGGCUACGGUUCAAAGAGCACAGCCGAGCAAGUCACUGACGCCUCCGCCGAUCUCCACCAGAUCACCGCCAUCAUCACAGGUGCCACGUCAGGGAUCGGAGCUGAGACUGCCCGAGUUUUAGCCAAGCGCGGGGCAAAGCUUGUCCUCCCGGCUCGAAGCCUCAAAGCUGCCGAGGAUGCCAAGGCUCGAAUCGUCUCCGAGUUUCCCGGCUCGAAGAUCAUCGUCAUGGCGCUCGAUCUCAGCUCCCUCGCCUCUGUUAGGAGCUUCGUCUCCGAUUUCGAGUCCCUCCGGCUGCCUCUUAAUCUCCUUAUAAACAACGCCGGAAAGUUUGCGCACGAGCACGCGAUUUCCGAAGACGGAAUCGAAAUGACCUUUGCUACUAAUUAUCUCGGUCAUUUUCUGUUGACGAAGCUGUUGCUCAACAAAAUGAUCGAAACAGCGGGGGUUAGCGGCGUUCAAGGACGAAUCGUGAACGUGUCGUCGUCUAUUCAUCGCUGGUUUUCCGGCGAUAUAAUCCGAUAUCUUGGCAAUAUAAGCCGAAGCAGAAGCCAGUACGACGAGACACGUGCGUACGCGCUCUCAAAGCUCGCCAACGUCUUGCACACCAAGGAACUUGCUCGCAGACUCAAGGAAAUGGAGGCCAACGUGACCGUUAACUGCGUGCAUCCGGGUAUCGUUAAAACCCGCCUCACCCGAGAACGUGAAGGUCUUGCCACAGAUUUGGUGUUCCUCUUUGCUUCAAAGCUCUUGAAAACAAUCCCUCAGGCUGCUGCGACGACAUGUUAUGUUGCUACUCAUCCUAGGCUGUUGGGCGUGUCUGGGAAGUACUUUGCUGAUUGCAACGAGACAUCACCGUCGAAGAUGGGGUCGAACUUAAGCGAAGCUGCUCAAUUAUGGUCUGCCUCUGAAAUCAUGGUGUCCAAGAAUUCCAAUGCUAUCUUUGAUCCAACCCACCACUUGGAGUACUAAAACAAUGGAAAAUUGAUCGUCAAUCAUAUAUAGAGAAACAGAAAAGCAUCUUAAUUAUAUAACUAGCUAGUUCUUACUUCUUAAUGUCUGUUAAAUUAGCUAGCUAAAAUACAGUAGUAAAGUGUAGGAGAGAGUUAAAUAGGAAAGAAGAAGGAGAAAUAUAAUUACACAGCUAGCUUUGAACAUAAGUGGUAGUUUUAGUGGCAUGAAUAUUUAGAUAAGGGAAAGGCUUUUGAUGCAUGAAUAUAUAUUAUGAAGUGAAUGAAUGGUUUUCUUAGUUGGAACCAAGUCAUGACCAAUGAAAUUAAAGUUGUUUA